AUGCCUACUAAAAGAACUUUGCUGCUGAAUGAAGUAGAAUUAUUAUAUGUCAAAUCAAAAGUAUGUUUACAUCCAUCACCAUCCAAAAAAGAUAAUAUUGCUGGGUUUUUAACACUUUCAAGACCACCAAGAGCAACAAAUUUAGAAAUAUUAUUAUCGUAUGUCCCAGAAUCACAAUUAUCCACUGAAGAAUUGAAAAUUUAUCAACAAGUUGAUGUUGAAGAUUUAGAUUUGAAUUUAGGUUCAGUCAAUAAUAUUAAUCAUGAUCAUCAUAAACAAAACAAGGCGUCAACUUCAAGAAUUGUUUCUAAACCUAGUCAAUCGGUAUUAACUGGUUAUGCAUUUAAUGUUCAAUUGUCAUUUAUUUAUUCAAUUCAAUUUAGAACUCCAUCGCAUGGAUAUUGGUAUGGAUCAAUCGUAUUAAAUCUUCAAGAUGGGGAAAAACUACCAAUAUUGUUUUUCCAUGAUAAUGAAAGUCCGCUGAGUUUAAAAUCUCAAAAAUUACAGAAUCAAAGAUUUGAUCCAUUUGGUAAUGAUGGAGAAUUAUAUUGGGGUGGAUUAGAUUUUUUGAAAGUAUUACAACAAUUAAUCAAUGUUCAACGUUCAACGAUUGAACUAUCGGUGUAUCUAGUCAAUCCUGAAUCAAAUGAUUUACGGAAUUUUGCCCCCUUUAAGGAAAAACAAAAAGUACCAGAACCAUCUCAAGAACCAUUUAAAUUACCUGAUGUCGCCAAAUUUUUCAAUACUGCUAAAUGGAAGGUUUUAUCAACAGUAGCUACAUUGUCUGCCAAAACUAAGAAUCAAGUAUUGGAUAUAAUUGAAGAUAAUGCUCCUAAACCAAUCAAAGAUUUAGUGUUACAGCAACCUGAAGUGAUUAAGAUUGGCGAUGAGUUUGAUUCAGCAAGAAUUUAUUUGGCAAAAUGGGCACAACAAGUGAAAGAAGAAGCAGAACAGAGUCAAGGUGCUUACAUGUUGGAUGAUAAAUUGUUUAAUAAAAUCAAUCGAGAAUUAAAUUCAACGGAAAUGUUGACACAAGAAGAAAUUAAUAAAACCACUAGAAGAAACGAAAUUACGGUACAAGAAUGGCAAGGGUUUUUCGAUUUUAGUGGAAGAUUAUUAAUUACUGUUGAUGAAGUGAAAAGUCGGAUAUUCCAUGGUGGAUUAAAUCAAGAUGUACGUAAAGAAGCGUGGUUGUUCUUGUUAGGGGUUUUCCCAUGGGAUUCAAGUGAAGAUGAACGUGAAGCUUUACGAAAAUCAUAUGAAACUCGAUACGAAGAACUUAAAUUGAAAUGGGUAAAUGAUGAUGUGAAAAGAAACACUGAAUUCUGGAAAGAUCAAAAAUUCCGUAUUGAAAAAGAUAUUAAUCGGACUGAUCGUAAUUUAGAUUUAUUUAAGAAUCCGAAAAAGAGAAAGGAAAAUAGCGAUGGUUCGACAACAGAAACAACUGCCGCCACCAACACCACUGAUAAUGGAACAAAUAGCGAUACCACCCAAACAAGGGAAUCAACACCAGAGACUCCAGAUGAGGAAGAUAUUGAUGAUGAAUUUGAUGUUUCCAAUAUUAGAAAUCCACAUUUAUACACCAUGAGAGAAAUUUUGUUAACAUUUAAUGAGUAUAAUGAGAAUUUAGGGUACGUUCAGGGCAUGACUGAUUUGUUAUCACCAUUAUAUGUGAUUAUUCAAGAUGAAGUAUUGGUGUUUUGGGCAUUUGCCAAUUUCAUGGAACGUAUGGAACGUAAUUUUGUUCGAGAUCAAACUGGAAUGAAAAAACAAAUGAAUACAUUGAAUAAAUUAUUACAAUUCAUGUUGCCUAAAUUAUAUAAACAUUUAGAAAUGUGUCAAUCAAAUGAUUUAUUUUUCUUUUUCAGGAUGUUGUUAGUUUGGUUUAAACGAGAAUUACAUUGGGAUCAAGUGUUAACUUUAUGGGAAAUUUUAUGGACAGAUUAUUAUUCUUCACAAUUUCAUUUAUUUUUUGCUUUGAGUAUAUUGAGUGAUAAUGAAAGAAUUAUAAUUCAAAAUUUAAAACAAUUUGAUGAAGUGUUGAAAUAUAUGAAUGAUUUGAGUAUGAAAUUGCAUUUGAAUCCACUUUUGAUUAGAAGUGAAUUGUUGUUUUUGAAGUUUAAACGAAUGUUGGAUAUCAUUGAUCGUGAUACUAGUUUAAAUGCUUUACGUCACGAUGAUCCAUAUAGAAAUGGAAAUGCUACUGGUACAGGUAGUAGUGAAAACUCCAAUAAUGGUGAGAUUAUUGGAGAUGAAUUGAGAGAGUUGUUACGAAAAGAUUUGGUUAUUCAAAAAGAAGUUGAAAGACCAGAAGGUGUUGGUGGAGGUUAA